AUGAUUGAAAUGGUUAAUGUUGAAACAGACACAGCCUCAAUCAGAAUGACGGGUAGUGACGGAAGUAAAAAACACAAGUUUGAGGGACUCGUAAAAGUGUUCUUCAACAUUUUACCGAUCAAGAUAGGAGUUCAACAAGUGGGCAAUGAUCGUGCAUCCAUAGUCUAUGCUAUGCCCCUGCACUUCAAAAAAAUGUGGGAGAAUCGCCUCGGCCUCAGGAAUACACUGGUGGGUGAGAUCACGCUUAAAAGUUACCGUGUCAAAAGUGCAAAAAAGUGGGCCCGGCGGGGGGCGAUCUCUUAA